AUGGGCAUUCCGGGGCUUUGGGAUAUAUUACGACCUGCCGGAAAAUCCCGAUCUCUUACUCACCUUACUGUUGUGGAUGGCUUUCUGCGCAAUUCGUCAGGCAAACGCGCUUACCGCAUCGGAAUAGAUGCGAGCAUUUGGUUUUUCCAUGCGAACGGCGGACAAGGCGGUGAGAACCCCGAGCUCCGAACAUUGUAUUUCCGUUGCUGUCGACUCUUAUCUCUUCCGAUCCUUCCGUUGUUUGUAUUCGAUGGAGCCCUGAGACCUUCUCAAAAGCGGGGAAAGCAUAUUGGAAAGAAUCAGCAUUGGCUUGUCAGUGGGAUGAGGGAGAUCAUCGACGCGUUCGGCUUCGAAUGGUGGACUGCGCCUGGAGAGGCCGAAGCCGAGCUGGCGUAUUUCAAUGACAUCGGUGUUAUUGAUGCGAUUCUUUCCGAUGACGUGGACAACUUUUUGUUCGGAGCAAAGGUUGUCAUCCGGAACCCUUCAGCAACAUUAACAGGAACUCAAACACACGUCCGAAAGACAGGUCAGGAAGAAAAGGACGAUGGACAACAUGUUGUUAUCUACCGAGCGGCUGAUAUCGAGUCCCAUCCGGAUGUCGGUCUACGACGAGGUGGUCUCAUCCUUAUUGGCCUUAUGAGCGGCGGAGAUUAUAAUACUACAGGGCUCAUGGGCAUAGGGACCAGCAUUGCUCAUGCGUUAGCGAAAUGCGGCUACGGUGAUCAGCUCGUGGACCACCUUGAACAACUCAAGGACAACAAAUCUCACAUCCCGAUUGCGCUAGAGGCAUGGCGUGAAGCAGUUCGACGAGAUCUCCGAGGACCUUCGCGUGUCACAGAACUGUUAAAGAGGAGAUUUCCCGCAAAAGCAAAAGCGAUCACAGACGAUUUCCCCGUCAUCCAAGACGUUUGCUCCUAUGCCGCACCAGUAACCAGCUUCACUCUGAACCGAGAUAUUACAAUGAUUCAGUGGACGAAGAAACCGAACCUCGGGAAGAUUGCAGGUUUAUGUGAGAGGCAUUUCGAAUGGGGUGUAAGAGAAGUUAUCAUCAAGCGCUUUCGAACCACUGUUUGGCAAGGUGCAGUGCUUCGGGCUCUCAUCGGGGCUGUCCUCAAGCAAGAUGAGAAAUCGACUCCGACGUCUACGCCCAGAAAGCGGCCCUCGCCCAAUGUGCCCGUCACACCUAGCACCCGACUAGCCGAUGCGUUCCGUCAAUUACAUGCAACAUCCCCUAGUCGGCCGACUCAACCUGGCCAAGCGAGUACUCAGGAAGCUUUGGUAUCCAAUGUGUCACACGGGGGGAAGGCGAGCGAGACCAUCGCCAACAUUGAUGUAUCCAAACUCAUACUGCGCAUACACUCCAGUCGGACUCACCCAUCCACCGAUGACAUGCUGGAGUAUCGGCUUGAAAUCGAUCCAGGCCAACUAGUGACCCAAGCCCACACAGGGAUUCAAGAUACUCGACUCGGCCCAGAUGCUAUUUUGGACCCCAAUUUCGAAGAUCUUGACUCGGACGAGGAAGGAGCUCAGAAGGCAAAGAAGCCUCCCCCAGACCCUCUGAGCACACUUCGGAUAUGGACACCUGCCGUUAUCGUGAAGAUGGCGUGCCCUGAGCUGGUUGAAGAGUUCGAAGCCUUGCAGGAAGCCAAAGCAGCAAAGAAAGCGACGAAG